UUCAGCUACAGCUUACCAUAGAGUUUGCCACGGAUUCCUCUUCUGCUUCUGUACAGUGCCGGGACACGUCACAGGGAAGCGAAAGCUAAUGUAUUGACUUCGCGUGGAGCAAACUAUGCACCCAAUACAGUAGUGUUCUCAUAGAAAGCCUUUAAUAUAUGUAAUUUCAGUCUUAACGUUGUCUGCAUUAGAGAGUUCUGACAAGGUCGUGCACCAUGGCAUUGUCUUUCGAAAACCUAAAAUUGCACACAACCCCUGAACGAUUUUAUGUGGAAGCAUGUGAUGAUGGAGUGGAGGAUGUCCUUUCAAUAGACAGAGUGUCAACAGAAGUCACUCUUACAGUUAAAAAAGAUAUACCACCAUCUGCAAUUACAAGACCAAUAUAUGGUAUUUUGGGUACAAUUCGACUUGUUGCAGGAAUGUAUCUGAUUGUGAUAACGCGAAGGAAAAAAGUAGGAGAUUUACUUCAGCAUUCCAUUUGGAAGGCAUCAGACUUCGAUAUCAUUUCUUAUAAAAAGACAAUGUUACAUUUGACUGAUAUGCAGUUGCAGGAUAAUAAAACCUUCCUUGCUAUGAUAAGUCAUGUUUUAAGCGUGGAUGGAUUUUACUAUUCAAAUUCAUAUGACCUUACUCACACAUUGCAACGAUUAGCAAAUACAAGUCCGGAAUUCCAAGAAAUGAGCCUUUUAGAAAGGGCAGAUCAAAGAUUUGUUUGGAACGGUCACCUCCUCAGAGAGUUUUCUGCACAACCAGAGAUUCAGAAAUUUGCAAUCCCAGUCAUUCACGGAUUCAUUGCAAUACACUCCUGUUCUAUUAAUGGCAAAAACUUCGAUUGGUUCCUUAUCUCCAGAAGAAGUUGUUUUCGGGCAGGCGUGAGGUAUUAUGUGAGAGGUAUUGAUUCAGAAGGGCAUGCAGCAAAUUUUGUUGAAACUGAGCAGAUUAUACAUUAUAUGGGAAAUAAAGCAUCAUUUGUUCAGACACGUGGAUCAAUUCCAUUUUUCUGGUCACAGAGGCCAAAUCUGAAAUACAAACCAAAACCACAGAUUAACAAAGCAGUAAACCACAUGGAUGGCUUCCAAAGACAUUUUGACUCACAAAUAAUUAGUUACGGAAAGCAAGUUGUUCUUAACCUGGUUAACCAGAAAGGUUCAGAAAAGCCAUUGGAACAAGCUUUUGCACAAAUGGUGUCCAGCCUUGGAAAUGGAAUGGUUAGAUAUUUGGCAUUUGACUUCCAUAAAGAAUGCAGCAAAAUGCGUUGGGAUCGUUUACAAAUUUUGGUGAAACAAGUUGCAGAAACUCAAGAUGACUUUGGUUAUUUCCUGGUAGAUGCUGAAGGCAGAGUGGUAAUGCAACAAGAUGGCAUUUUCCGAAGCAAUUGCAUGGACUGUUUGGAUCGGACAAAUGUUAUACAGAGCCUUCUAGCACGGCGUUCCCUCCAAAUACAACUGCAGAGGCUAGGUGUGCUACAUGUAGGACAAAACAUUGAAGAACAAGUGCAAUUUGAAAAGGUUUAUAAAAAUGCUUGGGCUGACAAUGCAAAUGCUUGUGCCAAACAGUAUGCUGGAACCGGUGCUUUAAAGACUGACUUUACAAGGACUGGAAAGCGAACACAGUGGGGACUUGUAAUGGACGGAUGGAACUCUCUUAUACGUUAUUACAAGAAUAAUUUUUCUGAUGGAUUUAGACAAGAUUCAAUUGAUUUAUUCCUUGGAAACUAUUCAGUUGAAGAAGGCUACUCUACAAGUCCUUUAAAUGUGCAAGCAGAUUGGAAAUUUCUUGCGUUACCAAUCAUUAUGGUGGUUGCCUUUUCGAUGUGCAUUAUUUGCCUGCUUAUGGCUGGUGACACCUGGACUGAGACAUUGGCCUAUGUACUUUUUUGGGGUUUUGCAAGUAUUGGAACAGGUGCUAUCAUCCUGUUCAAUGGAAAAGACUUUGUUGAUACACCAAAGCUGGUGCAGAAAGAAAAGAUGGACUGAAUGUGUAUGUGUGGAAAGCAGCAUGGAAGUGAUAGUUCAUCAAGCCAUUCUUGGAGUCUUUACUGAUCUGCUUUCCACACUAUGUUCUCUCUUCCCUAAUUUUGUAACAGCCUGUUAAAAAUCUAGAUCUUUUUUUCUUUCUGGCUAUGGACCAAUAACUUUUCUAUGUUAUACUGAAAGAUUUGACACUGGCAUGAUUUUGCUGCAGUUCCUUUUUGUUAAUAGUAAUUAAGGGUUUGCAGUGUGUUAAGUCUCUUAAUACAGUAAAUCAGAUAAAAUCACAGCACAAUGGUGCACUUAAAUCAAGCAGAUAUGUGUGUGGAAAUCACCUGCUAAGAGUUAAAUGGAAAAUGUCCAUGUUCCUAAUUCCAUUUAAUGGGGCCUAAUUACUUAGAAUGAAACCCCAAAAUAAUCUCAUCUAGCCUUGUAUGGAUAUAUACAUAUCUGUAUAUAUUAUAUAAUAUAUAUGUAUAUGUAUAUAUUUUUAUUUGCACAAAAUCAGAAAAGUUGAUUAAUAAUUGUAUUGUUAAAUGUCGCACAUGCCCAAUCAAAACAGAAACUCACAUCAACAUUCUUACUGAAUACCAUGCAGAAUGGAAAAAGAAAAUAAACGCGUAAUAAAUUAUGUUUUGUAAUAGGAGUUAUUUACCUUUCGUUAUCCAAAAUUAAAUCAAAGUUCAGUUUGUUUUCCUUCUUACACUUUAGGUGUUUUGUUGGGGUUUUUUUUGUGACAAGCAAACAAAAUUGAGAUUACUUCAUGCACCUAUUUAUUCUCGUUAUUUUUCUUCAUCUGGAUACAAACUGAAACACUGUAGUAUGUUAAUCAUAGUGUAUCUUUGAUAACCUCACAACACAUCUAAGAAAGGUAACACAAUUCCAGCUGUAUUUAUUUUAUCUGUUUCCACAUUCACUACAAAGAAACCACGUUUUGUCUCAAAAAGUAUAACAUAUCUGUAGUGAAUAGAUGCAUUGCGACUAACUUGGUAAAAUGAUUCAGCUUGUAUAAAGCUGGAGAAAAGUAAUGAAAAUGAGAAAAAUAUAUAUGAAUUAACAAUAAAUUGGCAUGGGCACUAUGAAUCCAAGUUUUGUUUGUUUUAUCUGUCACAAAAACAUUCUAACAUAAGAUGAAAAACAUAAAUUGUACUUUAAAAUGGAGGGAAAAGAAACAUAAUUGCUCCCAUUUAACAUUCUAUACAUUUUUCAUAUUGAGUUUAUUGGAUUGAGUUUCUGCAUUGGGUAGACAUAUGUAACUUUUAACAAAAAUGCAGUUAUUAAUAAAGCUUUGUAGUUUUUGGAACUAUUAAAAAAAACUAGCCCAUACAAGACUAGUUGAGAUUUUUUUUUGUGGUUAGAGAUACAUUUGUGCAUUAUUUAAAACUGGAUCAUUGACCAAAUCAUAGUAAUAUUUGUCUUGAAGGCCGAUUCAAUAUAAUUUAUCCUCAUAUGGUCUAAAAAUGACUUGCAUGAAUAAAAAAAAAAAAUUGAGCUACCUUGUCUACACUGUAUGCCACAUUUUUUUUUAAUUUGGGUUUAUUUACACAAAUAUAAUUAUUUUAACUUG